CCAUUUCAGUGCUCACAGUGUGGAAAGAGUUUUUAUUGUCAGAGUCAACUCAAAAGACACCAGCACAUUCACACUGAAGAGAAACCAUUUCAGUGCUCACAGUGUGGAAAGAGUUUUAAUUGUCAGAGUCAACUUAAAAUACACCAGCGCAUUCACACUGGAGAGAAACCGUAUCAGUGCUCACAGUGUGGAAAGAGUUUUAAUCAUCAAAGUGCUCUCAAAAUACACCAGCGCAUUCACACUGGAGAGAAACCGUAUCAGUGCUCACAGUGUGGAAAGAGUUUUAAUCAACAGAGUAAUCUCAGAAAACACCAGCGCAUUCACGCUGGAGAGAAACCAUAUCAGUGCUCACAGUGUGGGAAGAGUUUUAAUACACAGUGUGCUCUCAAAGAACACCAGCGCAUUCACACUGGAGAGAAACCGUAUCAGUGCUCACAGUGUGGAAAGAGUUUUUAUUGUCAGAGUCAACUUAAAAGACACCAGCACAUUCACACUGAAGAGAAACCAUAUCAGUGCUCACAGUGUGGAAAGAGUUUUUAUUGUCAGAGUCAACUUAAAAAACACCAGCACAUUUACACUAGGGAGAAACCGUAUCAGUGCUCACAGUGUGGAAAGAGUUUUAAUUAUCGGAGUCAUCUCAAAUCACACCAGCGCAUUCACACUGGAGAGAAACCGUAUCAGUGCUCACAGUGUGGGAAGAGUUUUAUUGAACAGAGUGAUCUCAAAAAACACCAGCGCAUUCACACUGGAGAGAAACCGUAUCAGUGCUCACAGUGUGGAAAGAGUUUUAUUACACAAAGUAAUCUCAAAAUACACCAGCGCAUUCACACUGGAGAGAAACCGUAUCAAUGCUCACAGUGUGGAAAGAGCUUUAGGUUCCAGAGUGGUCUCAAAGGACACCAGCACAUUCACACUGGAGAGAAACUGUAUCAGUGCUCACAGUGUGGAAAGAGUUUUAAUCAACAGAGUACUCUCAAAAUACACCAGCGCAUUCACACUGGAGUAAAACCAUAUCAGUGCUCAGAGUGUAAGAAGAGCUUUAAUAGACAGGAAUAUCUUAAAAAACACCAGUGCAUUCACAUUUCACAGAAAUGAUGCUGUCAGUGUUGGAGCUGCUUUGCUCAUUUAUCAGUGUUUAGACACAAGUGUGACAUAUCAGAUUGUACCAAACAAGCUAAAUUAAUAAAUUAAUAGCUAAUAAUUAAUUACAGGGCACCACUGUCAGUUUUUAGGGAAAUUACCAGGAAAUCCAGAUUUAUAACAGAUCAGUUUGUUAGGUCGAUUAUUUCUCUCACUCAGGGAAUCAAAUUCACAGCGCUAUAUUCUGAAUCAUUCAAAUAUUUAUUGAACUU